ACCCGGCAUAGGAACUGAGGGUAAAACAGUAUUCCUUCGUGCUAAUUACGUUAAUGUUAUAAAGUUUCCAAAUGUGGAGUUGAUUCGAUAUAAUUUUGAAAGCAUUUCACCUCGUGGUCGACGACCGAGUAAAACAGUCCGAGUAAAGAUUUUUAUGGAAAUGAUGAAGCAAAAAUUAUUUGGAAAUUGUUUUCCGGUAUAUGAUGGAAAUGAUCUGAUAUAUUGUUCAGCUAAAUUACCAAUGGGAAACGAUAAAGAGGAUAGUAAAUUAGAAGUUGAUCUUCCACCAAGUGAUGAUAAUAAUGGCAAACAUACAAAAUUUGACGUAAAAAUUAAAAGUGCCACAAAGAUAAAUUUACAAUCUUUACAAAAAUAUAUUGAUUCAGGAAAAGUAUCGGAUGAAUCGGAUGAUGAUAUCCAAACUUGUAUGAAUGCACUGAAUACUUAUUUAAAUUUCAAAGUCCGCAGUGUCUAUUUAUCAGUUGGAAGAGGAGACUUUCCUCCUGUAACUGAUGUACAAAGAACUUUUUUGGGUACUGGUGAGGAAUUGAAAAAAGGAUUCGUUCAAUCUUUGAGAAUAGGAUGGGACCGUCUCCUUGUUAAUGUUGACACGAGUUUUGGCAUAAUUUAUCCACCCGGAAAUGUCAUGGAUGUUAUUGCAACCUUCUUUUGGUGUGACAAAAGAGAUUUGAAGAAUGGUAUCAGAGAAGAUGAUAGGAAAUAUUUAAAUAAGAAAAAGAAAUAUACUAUUAAUGGCUUAACGACGACUGUAGCAGAUAGAACCACAUUUAAGCAAGAUGAUAAAGAUAUUACAGUUACUAAAUACUUUUUAAAUAAAUAUAAAAAGAAGCUUGAGUUUGGAAAACUUCCUUGUAUUGUUGAUGCCAAAAAAAGUUAUCUUCCUCUAGAGUGCUGCGAGAUAUUACCAGAUCAACCCGUCAAAUUUUCUCUUUCUGAUGACGCUCGCGCUGAAAUGAUCAAACAUACUUGUGUCAAACCAGCUGAGCGUUUUAAAAUAAUUGAUAACUCAUUUCGUAACUUUUUUCGUUAUGAUCAAGAUGAGAUUUUGAAAUCUAUUAAUAUGGAUAUUGAUGUUAAUACACAAGUACAGGUUAAAGGACGUGUUCUUCCUAAUGUGUCAAUGACAUUUCAUAAAAAUAGUAGUCCCGCAGUUCAAGUUAUACAAGGAGGACGUUGGAAUCUCGUAAAUCGAAAAGUUUUUGAUGGUCAGACAUUAAUUAAUUGGUCAGUGUUAGUUUUAUCUGGUGAUAAUGAGAGUAGUGUUAGAGGAUUUAUGCGACAAUUACGUGAAGUUCUAAGUCAAAAGGGAAUGAAUAUUGCGAAUGAUCCACAAAUAGUAUCUUGGAAUCAACAUAGAGAUAUUAAAGAGGGAUUAGUACUAAAGUUAGAAAUAAUACACAAAACCAAUGUCAGUGUGAGAACUCAAUGCAUGUUGGCUAAACACCUUAGGAAGCGCCAAAAUGAGCAAUUUUGUGUAAAUCUUGGUUUAAAAAUAAAUGCCAAACUUGGAGGUGCAGAUGUUUUCCAUUCAGGUAAAGAAGAAUUACAUAUACCUAGUAUCGCUGCCGUUUGUGCCUCCAUGGAUACCGAUGCUACAAUUUAUAGUGGUCGACAUAGUAUACAAGUUGAACCACGUAAUGAAACUAUUGAAAAAUUAGAGGAAAUGGUUAUUGAUCUAUUAAAAACUUACAAAGCUAAAAAUGAAUGUCUUCCAAAUAGAAUUUUAUUUUAUCGUGAUGGAGUUAGCGAGGGGCAAUUUAAAAUAAUCUUAAAAACAGAAGUAGAAGUAGCAUUGAAACGAGCCUUUGAAAGUGAAUAUGGCGAUAAACCACCAAAAUUGACUUUUAUUAUCGUACAAAAAAGACAUCAUACAAGGAUUCAUCCAUGUUUAUUACAAGAUAGUGAUAAAAAUGGAAAUUGCAAACCGGGAACUGUUGAUACAGAAAUUGUUGCAAGAAAUGAAUUUGAUUUUUUUCUACAAUCUCAUGCCACCCUUCAAGGGACUGGGCGUUCAUCUCAUUAUCGUGUAUUGAGAGAUGAAAACGAUUAUAAUGCUGAUACUUUGCAGUCGUUAACGAAUAAACUAUGUUAUUUAAAUGCAAGAUGUACAACGGCUAUAUCAAUAGUAACACCCGCAUUCUAUGCACAUUUAAUUGCAAAUCGUGCGAAACAAUAUCUUAAUUUUGAUGACCAAGCAUCAAGAUCAUCAAAUGAAUCAAAUGAAGAAAGACCCACAUGUCCACCA